AGCAGAAAGAUUUAAGAUUGAUGUGGAUCUGAACUCACCAUCAUGGAUCAGAGGGAGAAGCUGGAAGAAGGAGAAACUCUGAAUGAAACUGAGAAUAAGAGGAAAACCAGGAGAAAACAGAAUGAAGAUGAACUGGAUCUAGAGCUCUGUGAGAAUAGAUCUAUGCUGAUCACUGAUUUUAAAUCAAACAAGCCUUUACAGGGUAAGCGCCCUCAGCACUCAUAUUCCAGCUCUUCAUCUGGACAACUGUCAGAAACAGACCAACCUCCAUCUCCACAUGAAGUGAAGAUCUCAGAGGUCCCUAGUGGUCAGAAUGCCCAACAUCAAACAUCCAUAUUUGGUCUGUAUAUUUACUUUAAAAAGGACAUUUCCACUUUUGUGAAGAAUGAGCUGAAGAAGAUCCAAAUGGUUCUGGAUUCAGAUUACCCAGAUGUUCUAGAGGGGAAUGAGGAUGAAGAUGAUUUAGAGGGUGAAGAUAAAGAGCAAAUGAAGAAGAGCAGAAAAGCUUUUGAGAAAAUCACACAACACUUCCUAAAAAGGAUGAACCAGGAGGAGCUGGCUAACCGUCUUCAAACCAGAUCACUCACCACAUGCCAACAAACACUGAAGUCUAGAAUGAAGACGAGGUUCAAACAUGUGUUUGAAGGGAUUGGUAAACAAAAAGCACAAUUUCUGAACAGAAUCUACACAGAUCUAUACAUCACACAGAAAGACGCUGGAGAGGUCAAUGUUGAACAUGAAGUCAGACAGAUUGAAUCAGUGUCCUGGAAACCAGACCAACCAGAAACAAUUAGACAUGAAGACAUAUUUAAACCCUUUCAUGAAGGAGAUGAACCAAUCAGAAAAGUGAUGACAAUGGGAGUGGCUGGCAUUGGGAAAACGGUGCUGACACAGAAGUUCACUCUGGACUGGGCAGAAGACAAAGCAAACCAAGACAUUCAGUUCAUGUUUCCAUUCAUGUUCAGAGAGCUGAAUCUGUUAAAAGACCAGCAGUUCAGCUUAGUGGAGCUUGUUCACCACUUUUUUAGUGAAACCAAAAGAAUCUCCAGGUUUGAAGAUUUAGAAGUUGUGUUCAUCUUUGAUGGUUUGGAUGAAUGUCGACUUCCACUGGACUUCAAGAAAAAUGAGAUCCUGACAGAUAUAACAAAGUUCACCUCAGUGGAUGUUCUUCUGACAAACCUCAUCAGAGGGAUGCUUCCCAAAGCUCUCCUCUGGAUAACCACAAGACCUGCAGCAGCCAAUCAGAUCCCUCCUGAGUUUAUUGGCAAGAUGACGGAGAUUAGAGGAUUCACUGACCUAAAGAAAGAUAUAUACUUCACCAAAAAAUUCAAAUAUAAGACGCAUGCCAGAAUAGUAAUUUCCCAUGUAAAGAAAUCCAGAAGCCUCCACAUCAUGUGCCACAUCCCAAUCUUCUGCUGGAUCACUGCUAAAGUUAUGAAAGACAUGUUGAAAAAAAAAGAUGGAGAAGAGCUGCCCAAGACCCUGACUGAGAUGUACAUUUACUUCCUGGUGGUGCAGAACAAACUGAAGGACAUCAAGUAUGAUGGAGGAGCUGAAACAGAUUCAAUCUGGAGUCCAAAGAACCAGAAGAUGAUCGAGUCUCUGGGAAAACUGGCUUUUGAACAGUUGAUGAAAAGAAACCUGAUCUUCUAUGAAUCAGACCUCACAGAGUGUGGCAUCGAUAUCACAGCAGUUUCAACAUGCUCAGGAGUUUUCACACAGAUCUUCAGAGAAGAGAGAGGUCUGUAUCAGAACAAAGUUUUCUGCUUCGUCCACCUGAGUGUUCAGGAGUUUCUGGCUGCUCUUCAUGUUCACCUGACCUUCAUCAAAUCUGGAGUCAAUCUGAUGGCAAAAGGUGAAAUGAAAUCCAAGGAAUUGGAAAAAAGACACCAGGAAUCCUCAGAGACAGAAAUGUACAAGAGUGCAGUGGACAUGGCCCUGGAGAGUCCAGAUGGACACCUGGACUUGUUCCUCCGCUUCCUACUUGGUCUUUCUCUGGAGACCAAUAAGCGUCGCUUAGGAGGGUUUGUGGCACAGAGAGAAGAAAGUUUAGCAGCUAAUAAGUACACAGCCCAGUACAUCAAGGAGAAGAUAAAUAAUGAUCUAUGUGUGGAGAAAUGCAUCAAUCUGUUCCACUGCCUUAAUGAACUAAAUGAUCAAUCUCUGAUGGAGGAAAUCCAACAGUCUUUAAGAACAGGAAGUCUUUCUGCAAACCAGCUGUCUCCUGGUCAAUGGUCAACUCUGCUCUUCAUGCUACUUUCAUCUGAGAAAGAGCUUGAGAUGUUUGACCUGAAGAAAUACUUUGCUUCAGAAGAUGCUCUACUGAGGCUGCUGCCAGUAGUCAAAGCCUCCAGCAAAGCUAUACUCAGUGGAUGUAACCUGUCAGAGAAAAGCUGUGAAGAUCUGUCCUCAGUUCUCUCCUCUCAAGAUUCUCGCCUUAAGGAGCUGGACCUGAGUAACAACAACCUGGGCGACUCAGGAGUGAAGCUGCUCUGUGACGGACUGAAGAGUCCAAACUGUAAACUCGAAGUUCUGAGGCUUUCAGGAUGUCUGAUCACAGAGGAAGGCUUUGCUGCUCUGGCCUCUGCUCUGAUGUUGAAUCCCAAACACCUGAAGGAGUUGGACCUGAGUUACAAUCAUCCUCUGUUUGCCGGACGGGAUCAUGCAGACUGGAAGCUGGAGACUCUGAAGGUGGAACCUGCUGGAGUCCAGUGGUUAACAGCAGGUCUGAGGAAGUAUUCCUGUCCUCUCAAAGUCGACAUGAACACUGUAAACAGAUUCCUCAGACUAUCUGAAGGCAACAGGAAGGUGAUGCUUGUGGAAGAGGAGCAGCCAUAUCCUGAUCAUCCAGACAGAUUUGACUUGUUUCAGCUGCUGUGUGCUAAACCUCUGACUGGUCGCUGUUACUGGGAGGUGGAGUGGAGUGGGAGGGUCUAUGUAUCAGUGAGUUACAGGGGAAUCCAAAGAAAAGGACAGACUGAUGACAGCUGGUUUGGAUUUAAUAAUAACUCUUGGAGUCUAAUCUGCUCACAUGAGGGUUAUGCUGUCUGGCACGAUUGUAGAAAAGUUUUUAAGUGUUCAUCCUCUUCCUCCUCCAGAGUAGCCGUGUAUGUGGACUGUCCUGCUGGGACUCUGUCCUUCUACAGAGUCUCUUCAGAUGCACUGAUCCACAUCUACACCUUCAACACCAAAUUCACUGAACCUCUUUAUCCUGGAUUUGGGUUCAGGAGUCGUUCAGGAGUCUGUUGGUGCUCAUUUUAGAGUCAUUCUAAGUCAGAGGGAGAAAACCUACUUUACACUGACAUUAUCUGGUGCCUGUCUAUGAAGUUGGAAAAAGAUUCUUAAGUUGCACUUUAAAGUAAAUUGUAAGCCAAUGUUGUUCCAUAAAGAUUGGAGUUACAUUUGAAAAUGAAGGAUUUUAUCAAAAGCCAGGCAGCAGCAUUUUAAAUAACCGUCCUAAUGAGGUUUUGCUAAGAUCCUCAGAGAGCAUUCGGUAGUUAAGGAAAAACAUGAAUAUUUAUUUCCAUUUCAAUUUGUGAGACAAUAGAAAUUAGUUCAGCAAAUGCAUCCAAAGUAAAACCAGAAUGAAAGUUUUGCCCAUGUUCUUUCCAGACCUCUGGAUUCUUCAAG